GAGGUCAUGGCGCUAAUGUUAUUGUUUGAUCUCAUCAAUUUUCGCUUUCACGCUAAAGGAACAAUUGUGGAAGGUGUUGGAGAUGAAGUGUUAAUUGGUUUAGCGUCGACUCUUGGGCUCGUAGCGCUAGUCAGUAUUCUGUACAACACCCAAGGACAAAGAAACAUUCACCCUUCACAAGAAGAGCAUGUUCGUGUAGUUCGUGACAGACUGGGAGUCCGACAAGAAGGAAGUGAUACAGCAGCGAAUGAUGGUCCAGUUUUGCCUGAUUCCCCACCUGUUACUUAUUCCACCGACAGAAGGUGCCCGGUGUGUCUUACAGAUACGAAAUUCUGCACCACGACCAAUUGUGGACAUGUAUUUUGUGCCCCAUGUAUAAUAACAUACUGGAGGUAUGGAAGGUGGCUUGGUGCUGUCAACUGUCCUGUGUGCAGGCAACAGGUAACUAUUCUAUUUCCAAAUUUUUCUGAGGAAGACAGAGCAUUACCAGAAGCAGUAGAACAUAGACGUGAUAUGAAUGAGUACAAUCGUAGAUAUUCUGGAAUACCAAGACCUUGGAUGGAUUAUAUUUACGACUUACCCACUCUGCUUCAUCAGCUGUCCACUGAGCUGUUUUCUGUUGGAGGACUUGUUUGGGUUUUAAGACUCCGAAUCAUCUUGUGUUUUUGUGCAGCAGCCUUAUAUUUCAUUUCACCUUUGGACAUCAUUCCAGAGUCUGUGUUUGGAUUUCUUGGUCUUUUGGAUGAUGUACUAAUCAUUUUACUGUUGCUGGUGUAUGUUACUGAAAUGUACAGAAGAGUGAUAGCCAAUAGAGCUGAGGAACCCAUGUGAAGUAUCAACAAGGAAGUAUUACAAAAUAAUAAACAAUAAAUUUAUAGUGUUCAAAGUAUUUAAUGUUAUUUUUAUCUAAAAUUCAGUUUUGUAAAUUUCUAGAAAACAUCUGUUAGACCAACAAACAUUUUUUUUGACUAGGUGUUACCCCUUGAGAGUGACACAAGAUUAAAAAAGAUUAAGCAUGCUUGAGACAAUAGCAUUUCUUUAAAGAGGAAUUCCACUGUGUAUAGUUGAUAGAGAGGCAUUUCUGAACUUCACACUUUCAGUGGACUACAUGAGAAACAUUUGAGGUCAUGAGUUGAAAUGAAUGAAAAAAGAAAAGCAUGAUUGUGUAAUACUGAUGACACCAUCUCCUGGAUUGCCAAGUGCAGAGUGCACUAUUUUUAAAAUUAUGUUAUUUACUUUACAAGGUGUAGAUAGGAUUGUGAAUUAUUGUUUUGGAACGAAUGAAUAAAUUAUAUUAAAAAAAAUAGUCAGGAUAAUAUUACCCUUUAUGGUAUGCUUUCAUUCUUAACAAGUAUUACCAGGUUUUUACAUAAUCUAACUUAUUUCUUGAUAAAUGGAACUCAGUGAACUCUAGAUGAUGAAACAAAUGCUGCAGAAUGCGUUCCCCAUCCUAACUGUACUUGACAACAGAAUGGUGUAACAGAUUUGCUCACUUAAAGAAAUGGCAGUAUUUUCAGCAUAUAUGGAGCUUGCAG